GCCGUUUGUUUGCAGCUCACGGUGAAAGCAGGGCACGGAGCCGAGCUGCGGGCAUGGAGCCGAGCUGCAGGCACGGGGCGAGGGGGCCGUAAUUUGGGCGAGGGUCCGUGCUUUGGGCGAGGGUCCGUGCCCGGGUGUUUGCAGUGCCUGCGGUGGGGUGGGAGCACAGCCGGGCUGGACCUCAGGUGUCAGGGCUGUGUGGAGACAAGCUCAGCUUUUGCUUAGGUAAAGGAAGUUACCAGUUCCUAUGCUGCGAGGUUGGUGACAGUCUGAAGCUGCCUAUAACAUAAAAUGCUGCCUGUGCUCUACCUAGUGUAAGAAACCCAGCGCUACGCAGACACUAGGUAUUCGUGGUUAAUCGCUUUAUCUCCUGUCCUGGUUGUGAGGAGAGGUAGGCUUUUCACAGGAUGAAACUCAGUUCAGUGGGAGCAGGAAGGCUUUGAGCUGCUCGGUUUGCAUCGCUGAGGUUUUCGGAGGGGGUGAUGAUGACCUGCAGUAUGGAUGCGGUUCGCAGUCGGGACUGCUAACCAAGAUGGGCUUUAAAAAUAGUUUGUGCCCUGUGCGAUGCGCCGUGGCAGCACAGUGAGGCAUUGUAGUGGCAGCCGCACGUGACCCCAUAGCAGCCCCUGGGACCGGCCUUGUCCUCGGCGCUAAUUAUUGUGGGUGAGCAGCAGUUUGUCCUUAAGCUCUGCUUUCACAGAGGUUAGUUGCGUGUGCGGUGACAAGGCUGCGUUUAAAACUCAUGCAGUCCCUUUUUAAAAAUACCGGGGAAUUCUCAUUCCUUGCCUAGGUCAGACUGCCUCGGAGCUGUGGCUGAAGUGGUAACAAUAAUCAGAACUUUUGAAUCCUCUUGGAAAGUAUGAAAACAAGGAACUGCUUUUUAAAUAUCUUUUUGGAUAGUUGACAUGUUCCAGGGAAAAGCUUUUUUUUCUGCAAUAUUCAGUAGAGUCUGCAUUCUCUGGGAUUUUAAAUAAGCAUAAAAUGAAAAUAGUUUAAAAUUUCUCUUUCAAAAUGAAUAUUGAAAAGUCAGAUGACAAAGCAAAGAAUGGCUUGAAGUCUUCCUUACUUAUAAGGGAUGAAAAUGGAAAUAAUUACGCAUGUGACAAAGCUACACCUUCCUCAAACAAUUGUGCCACCAAAUUGCAUGGUAAUUCAACUGACCAAAAUAUAGUGAGUAAGCAUGAAGAUGAUACUGUUCUUGAAGAUAAGAGUGACUUUGGAAGUAUUCUUUUAAAACAGCAGCAUAUUGACACACAUCGUCUACAGAUGAUGCCUGGUAAAUAUAACUGCUCAGGAGCUCUGUUGGGAGAUACAGAUGCUGCAUGCAAGUCUUCUGUGACCGGGCAGACCUGUGUGUAUCCUUUGAACUGUGACUUGAAAGAAAUGGCAAACUUCCUGAAAGAUAAUGUGGCUGUGGCAGAAAUGCAAGAUCAGAGUCUUGAACAAUUGGUGCCUUACAGUCAGUCUGACUCAAACUGUGCAUUACCUCUUCCUGCUUCAGAGCAGAACGUGCAGUCCACGAUAAAAGACAGGGUACGCUGCCACCUGAGCACAUUGGAUGUUACUAGCGUUUUAGGUGGAACUGUGGAAAUUGAUCAAAAUGAUGAUGUGCAUCUGAGUGAACGCUCUUCUGAUGACGUAUGUACGAGAGAGGAACUUGGUGCAAUCAGCUCAGAAAAAAUCCCAAAUUUCUCCUUUACGAUAGUGGCUUCAGGAAGCCCAGAUGCCUAUUCUGAACUUGAAGGACGUUGUCCUGCCUCUGCAGGUGUUGAACACUAUAUAGAAAACACUAACAACGUUGAUAGAGCACCACAGGAAGCAGAAGCACAGUCUGGAAAACUAGCUGCUGGAUGUAUAGAUGCUUGUACGCAUGAUCCAUGCGCUAAUACAUAUGAAGAUCAGCAAGCAAAAUCCUCGCAGAAUACUGCUGGCCGUGAUGAAACUGGGAAUUCCACUGCUGAAACACUCAAGGAUAGUCCUGUAAAUAACGAGCACCUUUUACCAGUAGAUAACGGUGAUGGAGAACAAGUAUCAAAGAAAAACAGUGAACCUUUAACCAAAGAACAAAGCAUCUCUGGAAAUGCUGCUUUUCAAGAUAUGCGCAACACCCCUUUUGUGUCUGAAACGACACCUUGCAGUGUACCAAAACUAAAGAAGGCUGUUAUGCCUGAGCUGAAAUGUGAAGCAACUUUUGUGGUCUUCAGUCCUUUGGCUGAUGAAAGAGAUUCUGCUCUAUUUACUUCAACUCCUAAGGAGAGAUCAAAAAAUACAACUUUUUCUGUUCCAGCUGUGGCAGAACUUGGAGACAAGUCUACUAAACUGCGACCAAGUGAGGUGUUCAUAGGAGAACAAAACAGAAGGCCUUUGCUUAAAGCUAAUUCAGGUCAAAUUACGGGAAAAACAUUGGGCAGGUCUCCUGUUGUGUCAACAAUAACCAAAGCGAGGAAAUCUGAGAUUGUUAGUUUUCCCAAACCUAAUUUCAAGAAUGUCAAGCCAAAGGUUAUGUCUAGGCCUGUGCUGCAGCCAAGAGAGUGUGCGCACUUAAAACAGUCUCCCCAGUCCCCCCAGCUGUCAGCCGUCUCCUCAUCCUCACUAGCUGCUUCCCCAAGGCAAUUGUCCCCUUCCGUAAAAGUACUGAAAAAGAAAAUAGAUCUAUCUAAAGAUACUAAAGUGGAAUUGCCUGUGAAUAAGCCCCAUAAGCUACAUCUUAACAAACACCUCUUCGCUAGCCAAGUCGUACAUGCCGCAACACAUCCCCGAAACGCUUCCCACAGGGCUUCAAAGACACCUGCGUUGAAGCAGAACCCGGAAGACAUUGGCAAGGCAGGCACUACUGCUUCAGCAUGCUCCUCGCUCUCUGCUGCGCUUCCAACAUGCGUAGAGGACUCCAAGGAGAUGCGGAGUGAUAAAAUGGAAAGUUCAAACUUGUUAAUGCAGCCCUCUGCUGAAAACAUCCACCCGACGGGAGGUGAAAAAGAGCAAAACAACAACAUGGGAAUUCUUCCGGAAGCACCGUUGUUAAAAGAUGUGGCAAAUGAAACGUUUGACCUAUGUUCUGUUCCUGUGAUGUCUUCUGUGAAAGGUGGGACAGCACAAGGGAAAAAUACACCAAAGAAAGUCCCAGUCACGCCACGAGCUGUAUCAGCAUCCAAGGUUAAAAUGGUGCCAUCUGUGUUUCCCUUGAAGAGAGGAAGUGAAAACAAAAAUACCUGCGCAAUUAAAGCACCUUCUCAGAAAGGAACUGUUCUAUCAUCAAGCUCUGGUGUAGGAUCUUCACCAAGAGAGAAGCAUGUCUCCAUGAAAAAUUCUCCAGCCUCCUGGGCUAGCUCUAGUAAACCUCUAUCCAAAUCCAAAGUGCCUGUCAAAAGAUCAGUGCUGGAGAGGACACCUAGCAUCUCAUCGCUCAGCAGCACUCAGAGUGAGAGAAGUCUUUUCAGCAGUAAUUCUACAAGUGCCACGAUCAUCAUCAAGAAUGGAGAAUGGCCUUCAAAACCAGCCUGCCAGAAUGGUGCUUCUGGAUCUGUUUCUUUGAAAGCAGUACCAAGACCUAGAUUACACUCAUUGAAAACAACUCCAAAAGGAGCCAAGGCGAGGUCUGCUUCCUUAAACCAAUGCAUAACAAAAUCACCCGGGCCAUUGCACACAGCAAGGAAAUUCAGCGAGGCUAGAGGCAAUCAGCUGUUGGGUACUCCUGGAAGAAAUGGACACCAAAGCCUGUCGUCUUUUGGUUCUGUUGACAAGGGCAAGCAACGGAGUCCAAAAAGCUCGUGCAUACAGACACAAACCUCCACAGAUGUGCAUUCACCUGGCACAAAAACAGCUGAGUUGACACAGUACAAGACAAAAUGUGAGAACCAAAGUGGAAUCAUUCUGCAGCUGAAGAAAUUCCUGUCAAGCAGCAACCAGAAGUUUGAAGCAUUGACAAUUGUGAUCCAGCACCUGCAGUCUGAGAGGGAGGAAGCACUGAAACAACACAAAGAGUUAUCUCAGGAGCUAGUUAACCUUCGAGGAGAACUGGUAACCACUUCUGCAGCUUGUGAGAAAUUGGAGAGAGACAGGAAUGAACUGCAGGUUGCUUAUGAAGGAUUUCUGCAGAAAUUAAAUGAGCAACAUCACAGUGAUUUAGCUGAACUGGAGGAGAGGCUUAAACAGUUUUAUACUGCAGAAUGUGAGAAGCUCCAAAGUAUCUGCAUCGAAGAAGCUGAGAAGUACAAAGCGCAACUCCAGGAGCAGGUGGACAAUUUAAAUAUCACACAUGAAAACUUUAAGCUGGAACUUGAAAACAGCCACUCAGAAAAAGUAGAGGAACUGAAAAAGGAAUACGAAUCCUCUUUUUCGGAGCUCAAGAAUGCCCAUGAAUCUGAAAGGAAGUCGCUUGAAGAUUCCUUUAAAGAGAAGCAGGAAUUGCUAGAGAAAAAAAUUGAUGAAUUAAAAUGUGAAAACGAAUCUCUGAGCGAGAAGCUGAAAUUAGAAGAGCAAAAACAAAUAGCCAAAGAAAAAGCCAAUCUUAAAAACCCGCAGAUUAUGUAUCUGGAACAGGAGCUGGAAAGUUUGAAAGCAGUGCUGGAGAUCAAGAAUGAGAAACUCCAUCAGCAGGAUAUAAAGCUAAUGAAGAUGGAAAAACUGGUGGAAAACAACACCAUCCUAAUGGAUAAAUUAAAGAAGGUUCAGCAAGAAAAUGAAGAAUUAAAAGCUCGGAUGGACAAACACAUGGAGCUUUCAAGGCAACUUUCUACCGAGCAAGCUGUUUUACAGGAAUCACUAGAGAAAGAAUCGAAAGUAAACAAACGUCUGUCAAUGGAAAAUGAAGAACUUCUAUGGAAGUUGCACAACGGUGACCUAUGCAGCCCAAGGAAACUGUCUCCUAGUUCUCCAUCCGUGCCUCUUCAGUCCCCACGAAAUUCUGGUAACUUCUCUAGUCCUACAGUAUCACCAAGAUGACAUCUCUGAGAGAAAGGGGAUUGCAUUUCAUUUGUGAUCUGCAGAACUGAUCCUAACUUUAAUCACAGGAGCGAAAGCUAUAUUAGCUGAGUAUGACGACUAAACAUAACUGGAAACUUUGGUGCAAAAAUGACGAUAAGAAACUGAGAAUAUGGGAGUAAGACGCUCACGUUGCUUCUCCCCAAAAGACUUGUUUAUGACCUCUAUGGACAUCGUUGCACAAAGCACUUACAGAGCAAGGAAAGACUUGUUCAUUGCCUUUUCACCUAACUAUAAGAAAAAGCUCAGGGGCUUAGAGAUAACGAUCACAACCUUUAUAAUAUGUUCCUUAUCACAGACACUUUUUUUUAAAGGCUGUGUGUGUGCAUGUGUGCGUGCGUGCUGUGGAUGGAAUGGAUGUAACACACUGUGCGUGUGUCUAAUGCUGCCUUCUUUGCUGUGUAUGUAAUAAAGGAUAAAAGCUGAAGACUAUA